AUGACGCUGCAAGACCUGAUCGCGAAAUACCGGGGCAACCGGAAGAUUUUGCUGCUGAUCGUUUACAUUGCGUUGUUUUUGGAUAAUAUGCUGUUGACAACAGUUGUCCCAAUCAUCCCAGAGUAUCUGCUCCGGUUAUCGCAUCCGAACGAGACGGAUCUGUUGCUUUAUAACAAGCCAUCUGAAGUCUCCGAUCACGUUCGAGGAAAACGCGGGUCCGGCUAUUGGGAUGAGAGUCAGGACUGGGACCUCCCAGUUGACGACGAGGAUCGCAAAAUUCCGUGGGAAUCCAGCCCGUUGGGGCCGAAAAGCAAGAGCAAGACAAAGGGGCGAACAAAGUCCAAGGCCAAGAAUCCAUUGGCACCGAAGACGAAGCAACGGCCAAAGCAGUCGCCGAGGGAUGAAGGCCCUCCACCUGGUGAAUCCGUUGGCGCUCCAGAUAAUGAGCAUCGCCAUCAAGUCCUGGCUGAGGAAAAUGUGCACGUCGGAUUGAUGUUCGGUUCCAAGGCGCUGAUCCAGCUGCUUGUCAACCCUUUGGUUGGACCGAUGACUAAUAAAAUUGGCUACACGAUGCCAAUGUUCUGGGGUUUUGUCAUCAUGUUCCUAUCGACAGUUAUGUUCGCGUUCGGGUCUUCCUAUGGAACGCUGUGGCUGGCCCGAGCGAUGCAGGGUAUCGGAUCGGCUUGUACCUCGACUUCAGGUAUGGGAAUGCUGGCCCAAGCGUAUCCAGAUGAUGCGGAACGUGGAAGCGCUAUGGGGAUUGCGCUGGGAGGCCUGGCUUUGGGCGUACUUGUCGGUCCACCAUACGGCGGAGUACUCUAUGAAUGGGCCGGGAAGCCGCUGCCAUUUAUCCUGCUUGCGCUUUUGACGUUAUUUGAUGGAAGUCUCCAGUUCAUGGUCCUACAACCCAAAAUCGAUCGUGGCGAGCCCGAGGGUAGUUCAAUGAAGCAGUUAGCCAAGGAUCCGUAUAUUAUCGUGGCUGCUGGCGCCAUCACGAUUGGUAAUCUCGGCAUCGCCAUGCUCGAGCCCUCACUUCCACUUUGGAUGAUGGAAUCGUGGCAGGCUGGGUCGUUUGAAAGAGGUAUCGCCUUCUUACCGGCUUCAAUCUCGUACCUUGUUGGGACGAAUAUUUUCGGUCCUUUGGCGCACAAGAUGGGACGAUGGUUAUCUGCGUUUAUCGGUCUCGUCAUCAUUGGCUUCUGCCUAUUGCUUAUUCCAUCAGCCACUUCCGUCGGGGGUCUCAUUAUCCCGCAUCUUUUCAUGGGCUUCUCGAUCGGAAUGAUCGACGCGUCGAUGUUCCCAUUGAUGGGUCAUCUGGUGGAUCUCCGUCACGUCGGAGUCUACGGCAGCAUUUAUGCGAUAGCUGACGCGGCUUUCUGCUUUGCAUUUGCACUUGGACCAUUUUUCUCCGGACCACUGGUUCGCUCAGUUGGAUUCCCGACUAUGAUGUACAUAAUCGCAAUCAUCAACUUUAUCUACGCUCCCCUAAUGUUCAUGCUGAGGAGUCCACCACCGAUUAUUCGGGAGAACGAGGCAAGCGCCGUAUCGAAUGGAAUAGCCGAAACAAAAUGGCUAACCUUCCAACCCCUUCCCUAUAUCGGCGAUAUCUCCUAUGUAAUGUACCUCAUCCACUGGCCAGUUAUCACUUUUGCCAAAGAAUUAUACUACGACGGGAUCGAUAUUGACGCAUACGGCUACGGCAUGAUGAUUGUCCUAACCAUCACAUUGACGAUUUUGGCUCAUCAUCUGGUUGAAAAUCCCUUGACACUGGUUUCGGCCCGUUUCUGCCUCUGGAUCACGGCAUUCGCUUAUAUCAUGGCGGUGGUUGGGAUGUAUCUGCCUUUAAAUGGUGGAAAUGAAUCCGAAGAACCGAAAUUCUUGGCCCAGCCAAGCUAUAAUGUUACGGCAAAAGACUGCGAUGCCCUGAACACAAAACCUGAAAAUCCGGAGUGGGAAAAUGUGACGUUGUCUGAGACGGGAUACUUUAAGCUAUUGAAAGGGAAAGGGAAAUUCGAUGUUUUUGUGGCCGGAAAUUCCUACCUACAAAAAUACCGUAGAUGGCCGGACAAGAUUUUCCGAGGUCGCUAUCGGAAGUAUUAUCAUAUGGAUGGAGAUACUUGUGUCCCAUUCUUCAACUACACCGGAAUUCACAGCAUGGGCUGGGGAUGCGAAAGUUUUACCAAAAAAGUUGUUGCUGAAAUGGAGGAGAUCAAACCCAAAAUCACAAUGCUGGUCCUCGGCUACGGCCUUGCCAACGAAUUAGCGAAAAAGCAUUUUGAGCGGAUGCUUCCGUUUGCAAAAUCAACAAUCGCAAAGCUAUCGAGCUUAACGGACUAUCUGUUAAUCACACUACCAAUGUACUACGUUGAUGAAGAAAUCGCGCAUCGUUAUGCCAGGAACUUCCGGCAGAAGGGUGUGAUUCCGGAGAGGAACCAGACUAGGUUUUUGUAUGAGGACUACCUCGAGCAGUGUGCCCCGACUCUUACCCUGAUUGGUGAGGCCGCGAAGGGCUGCCCAAACUGCCGCUUCAUCGACACACAAUCGAUAUUUUGCGAGGACGGG